AUGCAGUCUGAGUCCAAGAAGUAUGAAGAAGAGACACCUUCUCUGCACUGGGGGUUGGAUCCUGUAUUUUCUGCAUUUGCAAGACUCUAUAUUAAAGAUAUAAAAGAAAUGAGAGAAUCUAAACAAGUGCCAGGUAUAUUCUUUUAUAAUGGACAUCCAAUAAGACAGGUGGAUGUUGUUGGGAUGGUGGUUCAAACAAAAGAACGAGAUGCCUUUUAUAAUUAUGGAGUGGAUGAUAGUACUGGAGUUAUAAAUUGUGUCUGCUGGAAAAAUCUCAUGGUAGCAGAAACAUCUUUAUCAGGUCAUUCAAGCACACCCAGCAGUCUUAUUGUGCUUGAACAGAUGAAGAAACUCCAAGAAAUGGUGAGUCAGAAAACCAAGCUGGAGAUUGGGGAUGUUGUCAGGGUCAGAGGUCACAUCCGAACCUACAGGCAACAAAGAGAAAUUCAGGCCUCGUGUUUUUAUAAAGUGGAUGAUCCUGUGUGUGAUGUUCAGAUAUCGAGAAUGCUGGAACUCCCCUGUCUCUAUAGAGAAGUUUAUGAUAAACCUUUUCAAGCCCCCAAGGAGGGACAGAGGUAAAUGCAGUAUCCAGACUGUGGCCUGGAGGGUCAGAAUUUCACAAUCAAUAUGCUGCAUGAGAAAGUGAAAUGCUUUCUAUUAGAAAACAAAAUACAGACCUUUUACCAACAGGAGCUGGAAACAAUUGAUGCUCUGGUGUCCCUGACUGGUGUACAUCUACCCAGUCCCAGCUGUCAGGAGGUUAAGUCAAAAAGUGACUCCAGUUCCAAAAGGAUUCACAGUGUUUUUAAGGAAGCAAUAAGGAUGCUACAAGAAAAAGGCGUGGUUUUCCAGAAACCUAGUAGCUCCAAGGACUUAUACCAUGUAACUGACCAUGAUAAGGAGCUGCUUAAAGUGACCCUUGAUGUGAUUAAAGAAGACUGUCAAAAACCCAGGCAUGCUGAGAAAGGCUGCCAUUUCCUUCAUGUCCUGAGCUGUCUGCGGCAGAGCUACAACCCCUCUCUGCCUGAGGUGGUGAUGCACCGUGUCAUGGAUCUGCUGGAGAGUAACAGUGAUGUUGUCAGCACUAUGGAUGGGUAUUAUAUGGCAUUUUGA